AUGUCCGAUGCGGCGGGAAUGGCCAGUAGCGAUGAAGAGGGUCUCCCCACCGGCAGCGGCAGCGGUCGCCAGCGCGUCCAGCGCGACUACAGUGAUGCCAGGUUGGAACGGGUGGCCGGCUAUACAACGACCACAAUGCGCCUCAAACCCGAUAAAUGGACCAAAAUGAUGGCCAAUGAUGAGUUGCGGCGCAUUGUUUUGGAAUGGCAGCAUGGCCACAGUCGCGUCCUGGUGAUGACUCUCAGUCCGGGCGGAGAUCUGGUGCCCAGGAGUUGCCUCAGUGAUUUGUACUUGCCGUAUUCGGUGCAGAGCACUCGUGGUUCCAUCCUAUCCACCAUGCAACCGCUCGAAGAUGAAGCCAUGGCCAGUGUCACGGCAGCCGUAUCGGCCGUGGUGUCUGCAACACCCGGAGCCAUGCUUAUUCCAUUGCCACCCGCCUCGUCCAGUUUUACAACUUUGGACGGAGUGCCGCGCGGCAAGUGCGCCUACUUUGUCCGCCGUAAUACUUCCGAUGGAUCUUUGACGGCAACCAAUUUCGCGGAGAGCGUUCUAUACGGAGACUUCCCGGUGCACAGCAAAAUCGAAACCAUGUCGCUGCUGUUCGACGAAGUGUUGCAACCGCUCUUGGAGCAGGCACAAAGUCAAUGGCCCGCCAUUGUUCGGAAGGAUCUGCAAGCGCGCAUCAAGGAAGUGCGGAAUACACUGACCGAGAUUAAGGGCAAAACCAACAAUCGCACAAUUUUAUCGUUAUUAGUUUCGCCAACAAUCGUCGAGGAAGUGUUUGCCCACGUGAGUCAAGGACAAUUAAGACCUGCCCUGGAUCCAAAGUUCCGCAACCUGCUGGAAGAGAUGUUUAUUAACUGGACUACCCAGAUGCACGACAUAGUCAUGGAGCGUUCCGAGUGCCAACCCUUGGGAUCGGCCACCAUGUCAUCCGGUCAUCAACCAAAGCACCUAACAUUCGUUUCUCUGCCUGCGCAGGAGAUUGGUUUCUGGACAAACCGGAAGUUAAACUUGCAGAAUAUCUACGAGCAGCUGCGAGAGUCCACGCACAAGACUCUAGCCCAGAUUCUGGAGCGGAUCGAGUCAGUUUAUUAUGUGCCAUAUUCCACUGCAUUCAGAAAGCUAGUGGCAGCCUGGCUGGAGGCCCAAGAUGUGUCCCUUUGGCUGCAGCCCCUUCUCCGCCAGACUUCAGCCUUCAAUUCGGUUCAGUUCAGCAAUGGUCACGAUUUGGUGGCACCACUGGUUCACGUAUUGCACCUGGUGUGGAGCAAUGCCAGGUACUAUCGCAGCACCCAAAGGAUGAGUGUCCUGCUGCGCUGUAUCUGUAACAUGUUGGUGCACCGCGCCGCCGAGGACCUUGAACUGCAGCUUCUUUUCCAGGGAGACGCCGACGAGGGGCUGCUGAAAAUCAAUCGAACCACCCAAAUUCUGGACCUAUUCAAGCAACGAGUGCUGGAGUACAAGGAACGCUAUAGCGGCAAUCAGAUAGUUUUGCCACCACUUCCUGAAGGAGCAGCAGCGGUGGCUCCCUCUCCUUCACCCGAUGACCAGCAACAGCUCUGGCGCUUCUGCCACGAGGAUGUGUUUGGCCAGACACUCGAUAGUUUCUCGUCUCAAUUGGUGGAGUUGCGUCAGGUCUUUGAGGCGGCUGUGCAGUUUCAGCAGCUAGAAAAGCUUGAAGUUGGCGGAUUGAGGGGUAAAAUACUAACAGAACGAGUUAGAGAGAUCUUUGGCGAAUUUAAAGUACUUUUUGAGCAAUGGAGCAACGUGGACAUCGAUCUCACAGCUACGGUAGCCAGCAAAUGGAAAUGUUUCCGUCGGGAACAAGCCCUCUUCUUCAGUCGCAUGCAACUUCUUGAGCAAAAGCUGGCCACCGUUUUACUUCAGGCCUUCGAACAAUGUCACAGCUGGACGCACUUGCUCCGAUUAACUUUAAUGUUCGGCUGCCUCUUGCAACGUGAUGCCGUAAGACCAGAACUGGCGAGAGUCCUUCCGCAUAUCCUUUUCAUCUACGACACGGAAAUCGAACAGCUGGAGGAGAGUGUGACGGAGGUUCUUCUGGGCUACGAAAUACGUGGCUUGGCAGCCUUACCUAUGGCCAACAACUUUCCGCCCAUUGCCAAUGCCAUGAUGUGGCUAGAGCAGCAUAUCAGUCGCUGCGAUGAAUUUGGAGCCAAGGAGUUAAAUCAAUUCAUUGAGCAAUUACUAAAGGAGAAAUCAGAGCUUCAGACAUUGCCCCUUCAGUGGGCAUCUCUCCUUUCGCGUCGUAAUAUUUUGACGACAAAACUAAGUAAUCUUCAGAUGAAAAUCUGGACCACCUGGCAUGAGUGCAUCGAUAAGCUAAUCGUCCGUGGGCUAGAUGAAUCCGUGCUUUCCCAGUCAGAGGAUAAUAGUCAACUUUAUCUAAACUUCUCCCCAGUGCUAUUCACUCUGCUAAAGGAGACCAAGUACUUGUUGGCUCUUCAGGCCACUGGCAGCUUAUCUGGCGAUCUCUUCCAGCUGCCAGAGCCACUGCUCACUCUGUACGGACAGCGGGAUGCUUAUUGGGAGCGCCGCAUACGACUCAUCAAGAUUGGAGAGUUCUACAAUGGCAUUCGCUCCGGGGAAUGUGCUGCAGCUGAGCUCCAAUUAAUACGCAACGACCUGGCGACCAUCGAUGAACAGGUGGCUGUGGCGUGUCAACAGCUGACAUGGCGGAACUACGAUGAUCCGCUUGUCGCUGACAUCUUUGAGCAUAGUCGGGAUCUGUUUGCCCGCCUGCAGCAGUCGCACGGCAAUCUGGAUGCAAUCCUGGCCAGUAUGCGUCGCUGGAGCCGCGAGCCGCUGCAUCAACGCAGCUUAUACGGUCGCAAUCUCCUGGAUCUUCGCCACCAGCAAGAUCGAGUGCGUCUGCGAUUGCUUCAAUGCGAUGAGACGAAGAUGCUUCUAAAUCGCCUGCUGAUAGCCAACUUCUGUCUGUUCUUUAACUAUGAGUCCCAGGAGUUUCAGCUGUACUCCAGAGAUCUCAGUGUGCAGGAGUUCGUCCGUGAAUUUCCCAAGGAGCAGAGGCGUCAAUACAAUAAAUACCUGGCCAGUGUGGAUGACUUGAUUUGCCGCGAAGUCCGUGAGGCAAUGAGAAUAAGUUUAGAGUAUUUGUACAAAGAAAUGACAGCAACAGCAGCGGCAACGGCAACGGCAACGCCAACGACUGCAGCGACGGCAAUAGUUCCUGUGGAUUCCGGUACUUCAGCCAGUAUGGCAAGGUUAGUCCUACAGCAAAUCACAGCGCCACAGGCGACAGCAACAGGAGGAGCAGGAGCAGGAGCAGCAGGAGCUUCACCAGCCAACGAUGCUCCACUCUUCGAAGUAAAAUUGGAGCUGACGGAAACGGAAAUACGCUUUUCGCCCGCCUUUGAUGCAAGUGUGGAAAAUAAUUUUCAACAAAUUGUGGAGCAGCUGUUGCUCGAUAUAAAACAGACAUGCGACUGCAUGCCAAGAAUUGUGGCUGACAAUGCCCUGUCAGAGGAUGAUGAAGACGACGACGGCGACACGGCGACGGUAGAGUACGAGCAGGAGCAGAAGUUAAAAGUGAAGCCGAUACAGGAUCAAGAACAGCAACAGGAACUGGAACUAGAGGGAUAUGAGCUGGAGCAGGAGAGCCCAAAGCCGCAGGCUGUGCAAUUCAACCUGCUGGCAGCCGCCAAGGCAUAUAGCCAAAAAAUUGAAAGCACUGUCGAUGGUCUGGAAAUGCUGGAGAAGGCCAUUCGCGAUGCCCUGGCGGAUACGGUAGAGGCGGCAUCGGCUUACGCUGCCAAAUUCCACGCCUAUGCAUUCCUGUGGACCCAGCAGAGCGGUGAUGUGCUGGCCGCUUGCAUGCAAACAGCCAGGGAGCAGACGCACCACGUCAGCGCCGGCGGCUAUGCCAUCAUGGAGACGUUCAAAAAGGAGAUCGAAAACUACAAUGAGGUACACGAUGCCAUUGACCAGUGCGAGAACCGGGAGUGCAUUAACGGAUGGUUAGCCCUGGAUCUGAAACCCCUCAAGUAUGGCCUUCUUAACCUGGCCUGCAAAUGGUCCCAUCUGUGCAAGAAAUGGUUACUCCGCUACGUCCAGGGUACUCUUAAGGACUUAAAUGCAUUCAUUGCCCGCGGUCACGAGACGCUGCAGCUACAGAUCGCUCGUCAUGACUUUUCCACCCUUUUGCGCGUUUUGGCCAUCAUGUCGGAGAUCCGGCAGCGGGAGCCUUAUGCGGAUAACCUAUUCAAGCCCCUUAAAGAUAUCAUGGGCCUGCUCAAGACCUACAACGUAGAGUUCGAGCCGCAACUAUUAAGGGGAAUAGAGCAGUUGCCGCAACAGUGGCAGCAGCUCAAACAUACCAGUACCGUUAAGCAGGAGGCCCUGCAGGACACUCGCUUCCACCAACAACAACGAGUGACCGCCCUGAUUGGCCUGCACACCUGCCAUUUGCAGCAUUAUGCCCGGCAAUUCCAAAAGAUGCCGUUCUUCCGUGUGCCUUGCCCGAAAGUCUAUGAUGCCUGUGAUGAGGUCUACGUCCGUCUGCAUCAAUUCCGUCGUCAGCAGCGUCUUUAUACCCGCUGGGCCAGACUUCUCGACAUCCAGCCACCCGACUCUGCAACCCUGCAACUGUGCGAGGUCGAACUGAGAAGGGUCAAGCAAUUAUGGGACUUUGUGCGCGUCAUCGAGUCGUGCAUCGUGGACUGGCAUGCCACGCCCUGGCUGCUCAUUGACACCGAUGACAUGGAACACGAAUGCAAGAAGUUCACCCGCGACCUCCGUACCCUGGACAAGUGCAUCCGCGAGUGGGCGCCCUACGUCCACAUUUUGGGCGUUCUACGUGAAUUGGUCGCCUCGCUGAGGGCCAUCACCGAGCUGCAGAAUCCAGCAAUUACGGAACGCCACUGGAUGGAGCUGAUGCAGCUGACAAAGCUCUCCUACAAAUGCAACAAAUCCACCAAACUGGCCCAGCUACUGACCCUGCAACUUCAGCAUCACGAGGAAGACAUCAAGAACACUGUGGACCGGGCCAUCAAGGAGAUGACGGUGACCAAGAUUCUUGACGAGAUCAGGGCCACCUGGGCGCAUUUAGAAUUCGAGUUGGAGCAGCAUCAUACCCGACCCAGCAUCCAGUUACUGAAGGUAUCAGAGGAGCUCAUCGAAACUCUAGACGACAACCAGAUGCAACUGCAGAAUAUCUCCACCUCGAAGCACAUUGAGUACCUUCUGGACAAACUCACUCACUGGCAGAAGGUUCUUGGGGGCAUUGACACUCUGAUCGUUAACUGGUUUGAGGUACAGCGGAAGUGGAUUUACCUUGAGUGCAUUUUCAUCGGAUCAGCAGAUAUUCGCGCCCAACUACCAGCGGAUGCGGCCAACUUUGAGAGGAUCGAUAAGGACUUUACGGAACUUUUAGCCAAGGUAAGUGAGGUUCGAGUAGUCAUGCAGGUGGUGCUGCGGCAUGAGGAUGUCCUUGCCCAAUUGCUGCAACUCCAACAGCGCCUGGCGAUUUGCGAGAAGGCUCUGAAUGAUUACCUAGAGACCAAGAGAUUGGCCUUUCCACGAUUCUACUUUAUCUCCGCCGCCGACCUCUUGGAUAUUCUGUCCAACGGAAACAAUCCGCAGGUGAUUGAUCGUCACCUGAUUAAGUUGUUUGAUUCCAUCCUUCGGCUGCAGUAUGAAACAAAUACACCAAACGCGUUGGGAAUGCAUUCCAAGGAGAAUGAUGAGUAUGUGCCCUUCGUUUCUUCGGAUCCGGAUCAGCCCGCCUUCAUUGUUUGCGGAGGGAGAGUAGAGCUAUGGCUGCGGGCCAUUAUCCAGCAGAUGAGGAGUACUCUGCAUGAAUUGUUCCGCCGUGCUCUGAGGGCUUUCGGAGAGAAACCUCGGGAACUCUGGCUCUAUGAUUGGCCAGCCCAGGUGGCACUCUGCUGCAGUCAAAUAAGCUGGACAGCGGAUGUGAAUCGCUCCUUUAGCUGCAUGGAGGAGGGAUACGAGGGUGUGAUGAAGGAGUUACACAAGCGACAAAUAGCUCAGUUAAAUGCUUUGAUCAAUCUUCUGCUUGGUGAACUCUCACCCGGAGAUCGCCAGAAAAUCAUGACCAUCUGCACAAUUGAUGUGCAUUCGCGUGAUGUGGUCGGUAAGAUCAUAGCCUCCAAGGUGGACAAUUCACUGGCUUUCCAAUGGCAGAGCCAGUUGCGUCACAGAUGGGAUGACGACCAGGCGGGAAGUUCCAGUGGCAGAGCUAGUACGGCCAUAAGUUGCGGCGGAGGAGAUGAGGAUUGCUUUGCCAAUAUCUGCGAUGCCGAAUUCCGAUAUGCCUACGAGUAUCUGGGGAAUACCUCACGAUUGGUCAUUACCCCGCUAACGGAUCGGUGUUACAUCACAUUGACACAGUCGUUGCGAUUGCGGCUGGCCGGUGCAACCGCUGGACCCGCCGGUACGGGUAAAACAGAAACCACCAAGGACCUGGGACGCGCCCUGGGCGUAAUGGUUUAUGUCUUCAACUGCUCAGAGCAAAUGGACUACAAAUCUUGUGGCAACAUUUACAAAGGGCUCGCCCAGACUGGAGCCUGGGGCUGCUUUGACGAGUUCAAUCGCAUCUGCGUGGAGGUCCUGUCCGUGGUGGCCGUCCAGGUGAAGACCAUACAGGAGGCGAUAAAGAUGCAUAAAACCCAAUUUAUCUUUAUGGGCGAGCGCAUUUCGCUGGAGCCGUCGGUUGGAAUUUUUAUCACCAUGAAUCCCGGCUACGCCGGCCGUACGGAGCUGCCGGAGAACCUGAAGACCCUGUUCCGGCCAUGCGCCAUGAUUGUGCCGGACUUUGCCUUGAUUUGUGAGAUUAUGCUAAUGGCCGAGGGUUUCCAGGAUGCCCGUCUGCUGGCCCGCAAAUUUAUCACCCUGUACACGCUGUGCAAGGAGCUGUUGUCCAAGCAGGAUCACUACGAUUGGGGACUGCGGGCCAUUAAAUCUGUCUUGGUUGUUGCGGGUACUCUCAAGCGGGACGACCACAGUCGCCCUGAGGAUCAGGUCCUCAUGCGUGCACUGCGUGACUUCAAUAUUCCCAAGAUUGUCACGGAGGAUGUGCCCAUAUUUAUGGGUCUGAUUGGAGACCUCUUCCCGGCUCUUGAUGUCCCACGCAAGCGGGUCUUUGAAUUCGAGAAGACCAUCAGGAGGGCAGUGAAUGAAAUUAAACUGCAACCGGAAGAGGGUUUCCUUAUGAAGGUGGUGCAACUCCAGGAACUCCUCGAUGUACGCCAUUCGGUAUUUAUAGUGGGUAAUGCAGGCACUGGGAAGACUAAGAUCUGGCAAACCCUUCGCGAAACUUAUCGCAUCCAGAAGCUGAAACCCGUGUGCCAUGUGCUCAAUCCCAAAGCUCUAUCCAACGAUGAGCUCUUUGGCAUCGUUAAUCCCACAACGAGAGAGUGGAAGGAUGGCCUGUUCUCAUCCAUUAUGAGAGAGCAGGCCAACAUGCCACCAGGAAAUCCCAAGUGGAUAGUCCUCGAUGGCGAUAUAGAUCCCAUGUGGAUCGAGAGUCUUAACACCCUGAUGGAUGACAACAAGAUUUUGACCUUGGCUAGUAAUGAGAGAAUAUCCUUAAAGCGGGAGAUGCGGCUGCUCUUCGAGGUGGGACAUCUGAAGGCAGCGACCCCCGCCACUGUGUCCAGAGCAGGAAUUUUGUACAUCAAUCCACAGGACUUGGGAUGGUCGCCCUACGUCUCCUCUUGGCUGGAAACUCGUGUUGACAUGAUUGAGCGGGGUAUCCUUACCACGCUGUUUGAGAAGUACUUUCCCUGCCUUAUGCAGCGACAGCGUGACUUCCGGCGGAUUACUCCCAUUACGGACAUGGCUAUGAUACAGAUGACCUGCCACCUGCUCGAGUGCCUCUUAGAUACCGAUGAAGGAAAUGGUGAUGGACGAGGUAGAGGAAGUGGAGCCGGAGGAGCAGCGAAUCCACAUAGCUUGCACCACGGGGAACUCUCCCACGAAGCGAUGGUUAUGGCCCUGGAAACGAUCUUUGUCUACGCCACUGUAUGGAGUUUUGGUUCUGCUCUAAGUCAGGAUGUAAUCAUCGACUGGCAUCGCGAGUUCCACAAAUGGUGGGCAGGAGAGUUUAAGGAUAUCAAGCUGCCCAGCCAGGGCACAGUGUUUGAUUAUCAGUUAAAUGUGCAGACCCUAAAGUUUCAACCUUGGUCUGAGUUAGCUGCCCAGGAGUCGCUGGAAGGAAUUGACUCGGAGACUCCCUUGCAGAAUGUGCUAAUUUCUACUGCGGAGACCACUCGCCUGGUCUACUUCCUUAAGCUUCUCAUCGACCGCAAUUUGGCGUGCAUGUUGGUGGGCAACUCGGGCUGUGGCAAAGGUGCCAUCUUCCGGGAGCUGUUCAGUCAGUAUGCCAGCGACCAGGAACUGCUCGAAGUGGCCGUGUCAACGGUUACAGCAAGUGACAGCCAUCAGCAGCAGACGGUGAAUCCAGCAGGAGCUGGAGUUGUGCGGCGAAAGGCUUCCUCCUCGGCAACUCCGCUUCUGACCACCGUGCAGGCCACGCACUUUAACUUCUACACCAGCUCAGAGAUAUUCCAGAAGAUGCUUGACCGUCCGCUGGAGAAGAAGUCGGGACGCUGCUAUGCUCCAAGUGGACCCAAGCGCCGACUCAUUUACUUUGUCAACGAUUUGAACAUGCCCGAGGUGGAUGCAUAUGGCACUGUUCAGCCACACACUAUUAUGCGACAGUUCAUGGACUACAGACAAUGGUACGACCGUCAGCGGCUGCAGUUGAAAGACAUCCGACACUGCCAGUUUGCAGCCUGUAUGAAUCCAACUGCUGGCUCCUUCACCAUCGAUCCACGAUUGCAGCGACACUUUUGUGUAUUUUCGGUGGCACCUCCGGGGGAGGAAACCUUGCACCACAUCUAUGGUAGCAUCCUGAGCAGUCAUUUGGAGAAUCCCUCUCAAGGAUUCAGCAAGGAGAUUCGAUCUAUUGGAAGCUUACUAGUACGUGUGGGAAUUGCUCUUCACCGUCGGGUUGAAUACGCCUUUUUGCCCACCGCCCUCAAGUUUCACUACCUAUUCAAUCUGAGGGACCUAACGGGCAUCUAUCAGGGGCUAAUGAACAGCGUAGGGGCUCCGGCAUUGGCAGGUGGAGGUGGUGCAUCCGGCUAUGGAGGAACCGUAUGUGGUAGGCCCUCUGAACUUAUGAGGCUCUAUGUGCACGAAGCUUUUCGAGUCUAUCACGAUCGCUUGGUCGAUCCCUAUGAUAUCAAGUCGUUUAAGUCCUCCAUUCGGGAUAUAUUUAAGAAGGAUUUUGAGGACUUUGACGAAGACUUUGUAUUUGCAGAGCCAUUGAUAUAUAGUCAUUUUGCCCAGUCACUGGUGGACCAGAAGUACAUGCCUCUUAAAAGCUGGGACUCACUUUACCAACUGCUAAUAGAAGCUCAGGCUAGCUACAAUGAGGUGGUGGGCUACAUGAAUCUCGUCCUCUUCGAGGAUGCCAUGAUACACGUGUGCCGUAUCAAUCGCAUUCUUGAGAGCCCUCGGGGAAAUGCCCUUCUCAUCGGAGUAGGAGGUUCAGGAAAGCAAACUCUUGCCCGCCUGGCUGCCUUCAUAUCCUCUCUAAAUGUCUCGCAAAUCCAAAUCAAGCGAGGAUUCGGUCUGCUAGAUAUGCGGGAGGAAAUCGGUAGCCUUUACAUCAAGGUGGGCCUUAAAAACCUGGCCUCUGUAUUUCUCAUCUCGGAUGCACAGAUUCCCGACGAGUCUAUAUUGAUGCUGAUUAAUGAUCUGCUGGCCUCUGGUGAAAUUCCCGAGCUCUUCAACGACGACCAGUUGGACACUAUUACCAAUGGGAUCCGCAACGAAGUGAAGCAGAGCGGUACGCUGGACACCAAGGAGAACUGUUGGCGGUAUUUUGUGGAAAAGGUGAGAAGACUUCUCAAAGUGGUUCUCUGUUUCUCGCCGGUGGGUCAAACGUUGCGGGUUAGGGCUCGCAAAUUUCCGGCCAUCAUCAGUCGAACGGCCAUCGACUGGUUUCAUGAGUGGCCCAAAAGCGCCCUGGAAUCCGUAUCACAGAAGUUUCUCAACGAAAUCAACGGCAUACUGGAGCCCGAACUGGUGCCGCCCAUCGGUUGCUUUAUGGCUUACGUCCACGGCACCGUGAAUCAGAUAUCGAGAAUUUAUCUGCAGAAUGAAAAACGCUACAACUACACGACCCCGAAAACUUUUCUGGAAUACAUUUUCCUCUACCGCAAACUGUUGGUGGACAAAAACGGCGAAUUCGCUGAGCGCAUCGCUCGCCUGCAAAGCGGAAUGUCCAAGCUGGCGGAGUGCGCCCGUCAGGUGGACACGCUGAAGCAUCAACUGGCCAUCCAAGAGGUUCAACUGGCGGCCAAAAACGCGGCGGCCGAUAAACUUAUUGUUAUUGUUAGCGCUGAAAGUGAAAAGGUGAAGAGGGAGAGAUACAUCGCCUCCGAGGAGGAGAAACGGGUGCGGAUAAUCGAAGAAGAUGUGUCUAUCAAGACCAAGAUGUGCGAGGAGGAUCUGCGUCAGGCAGAACCCGCCUUGGUAGCCGCUCAAGCAGCUCUGAAUACCUUAAACAAGAACAAUCUCACGGAACUCAAGUCAUUUGGUUCGCCACCAAAAGCGGUAGUCAAUGUUUGUGCCGCUGUCAUGGUAUUGCUUGCCAGUAAUGGAAAGAUUCCAAGGGAUCGUAGCUGGAAAGCAUCCAAGCUGAUGAUGGUGCGAGUGGAUCAGUUCCUCAACGAUCUACUCAACUACAACAAGGAUAACAUACAUCCCAAUAUUAUUGAAACCCUUCAGGAAUAUCUUAAGGAUCCCGAGUUCAAUCCCGACAAGGUGGUACAAAAGUCAGUAGCUGCUGCAGGGCUCUGUGCCUGGGUAAUAAACCUGCAUCGCUACCAUCAGGUAUUCCUGAUUGUGGGACCCAAGCAGCAGGCUCUGCAGGACUCGCAUCAAGAACUGCUGGAAGCCAGAGAACGCCUGCAAUACCUUAAGGGGAAAAUCAACAACCUGGAGGCCAAGCUGGCCGAGAUUCAGGCAGAGUUCGAGAAUGCGGUUGCUGAGAAGCAGAGAUGCCAAAAGGAGGCGGACAAGACCGCCUUUACCAUCGACCUGGCCCAUCGGCUGGUCAAUGGGCUUGCCAAUGAGAACAUCCGCUGGAAGGAGUCCGUCCAGAGCCUGCAAGCCAAGAUUGGUACCCUGCCCGGAGAUAUACUGCUAAUUUCCUCGUUCCUAUCGUACGUGGGCUGCUUCACGCGCCGCUAUCGUGAGGAACUGCAGCACAAGAUGUGGCUGCCCAACUUUCGCAAAAUCGAUCCGCACAUUCCUCACACCGAGGGUGUGGAUACCCUCGCCCUUUUCUCGGAUGAUGCUCAAAUAGCCGCUUGGAAUAACGAAGGACUUCCCAUGGAUCGUAUGUCCACGGAGAAUGCCACCAUUCUGCAGUAUUCCACCCGAUGGCCUCUAAUGAUUGACCCCCAGCUUCAAGGCAUCAAGUGGAUCAAGAAUCGCUUUGGUUCCUCUUUGGUGGUUUUACGCCUUCGGCAAAAGGGUUUCCUAGAAUCCUUGGAAAAAAGUAUUUCGCAGGGACAAACAGUGCUCAUUGAGCAGAUUGAGGAAACAAUGGACACCGUUUUGGAACCCCUGCUCAGCCGGGCACUAAUCAAAAAAGGUCGUUAUCUGCGAAUUGGAGAUAAGGAAAUCGAGUUCCAUGCCAGCUUCCGGCUCAUCCUGCACACCAAAAUGGCCAACCCCCACUACAAGCCGGAAAUGCAGGCCCAGACCACUUUAAUCAACUUUACAGUCACACCAGACGGACUCGAAGAGCAGUUACUGGCGGAGGUGGUCAAGAUUGAAAGACCCGAUCUGGAGCAGAUGAAAACGGAGGUUACUGUUCAGCAGAAUAAGUUUAAAAUAUCUCUAAAAGCUCUUGAGGAUGAGCUUCUAGCCAGGUUGGCAUCAUCGGGUGAAAAUGUCCUAGAUGAUCAUGCCUUGGUAAUAAAUUUGGAAAACACUAAGAAAACUGUGGAUGAAAUCGAAGCGAAAGUAAGGGAGGCGAGGGUGACUACCCUCCAGAUCGAUGAUACCCGGAAUAUAUACCGUUCCGCUGCAAAAAGAGCUGCCAUUUUAUACUUUGUCCUCACCGAUCUGAGUCGUAUAAAUCCAAUCUAUAAGUUCUCGCUAAAGUCCUUUAUGCACGUCUUUCGGCAAGCAAUUGCCUUGGCCUCUGAAUCCAAGAAUUUCGAACGCCGGGUGCUUCACCUGGUGGAUUCCAUUACCCUGCAGACAUAUCGCUAUACCUUACGUGGCCUAUUCGAGGCGGACAAACUUACCUUUACAUCUCAUAUGACCCUUCGGAUCCUUAUAGCCGCCGAACAGGUGGCCAAGGAUGAAACGGACUUCCUUUUACGAUUUCCACAUGAUCCCAGUACUUUAUCCCCUUUGGAUUUUGUAAGUCGCAGUGCCUGGGGUGGAAUCAAAUCCUUGACUCUCAUCGAACACUUUUAUGGAAUCGACAAGGACAUGGAAAACUACACCAAGCGCUGGAAGAAAUUUAUGGCAAGUGAUACACCAGAAAGGGAACAGUUUCCUGGAGAGUGGAAGCAUCGCACUCCCCUCCAGAAAUUGUGCAUCAUCCGGUCACUUAGGCCAGAUCGCAUGACCUAUGCCAUGCGUCAGUUUGUGGAGCAGACAAUGGGUCGUUCAUAUGCCGAAAUUCAGACGCCGCCUUUUGGUGCCAUCUUCCAGGAGUUGAAUGCAGCCACGCCCGCUUUCUUUAUCCUUUCACCAGGAGUGGAUCCCAUCCGGGAUGUGGAGCGUUAUGGGCAGCGACAGGGUUUCCAUUCGGAAUCAGAUACUUUAGUCAAUAUCUCUUUAGGACAGGGACAGGAGCUGCUGGCAGAACAGGCUAUCAUACGAGCUCUGGAAUCCGGCCAGCAGUGGGUCAUUCUGCAAAAUAUUCAUCUAGUGGUCAACUGGCUGCCCACUCUAGAGAAGCUCAUCGAACGGAUAGUUGUGCAGAGCGAGAAGCAGGGCGAAUCUAGUUUCAGGCUCUUUAUCAGCGCUGAACCGGCACCAGAUCCACAGUAUCACGUGAUUCCGCAGGGUAUCCUUGAGUCCUCACUAAAGGUGGUCAAUGAACCUCCAUCCGGAAUGGCAGCUAACCUGCACAAGGCGUGGGACAACUUCUCGCAAGACGCCUUGGAAACGUGCACUCAGGAGGCAGAGUUCAAGUCGAUCCUCUUUGCCCUCUGCUAUUUCCAUGCGGUGGCCGGCGAAAGACGAAAGUUUGGACCUCAAGGCUGGAACAAGGUGUAUCCCUUCAAUAUUGGUGACCUCACCAUCUCGUCGAAUGUCCUACACAACUACCUAGAGGGCAGCAACCGGAUUCCUUGGGAGGAUCUGCGCUAUCUCUUCGGCGAGAUUAUGUACGGUGGUCACAUCACGGACGACUGGGAUCGGCGACUUUGCCAGACAUAUCUGGAGGAGCUACUCCAACAAGAUCUUAUUGAUGGUGACUUCGAACUGUGUCCCGGUUUUCCGGCUCCUCCAAAUCUGGACUUUGAGGGAUAUCACUCGUACAUUACGGAAAUGUUGCCCGAGGAAAGUCCUCUGCUAUACGGUCUGCAUCCAAAUGCGGAGAUUGGCUUCCUGACCACUGCUUCUGAGCAGUUGUUGCGCACCAUCUUCGAGCUGCAGCCACGGGAAUCAGAGUUAAGUUCUCAUUGCGGAGCACCACGAGAGGAGCUGGUCAAGAUCAUGAUCGACGACUUCCUGGACAAACUGCAGGAUGAGUUCAACCUGCAGGCUCUGCUCAAUCGGGUAGAACGCAAGACACCUUUUGUGGUGGUUGCUCUACAGGAAUGCGAAAGGAUGAACGCUCUCAUCCGAGAAAUCAAACGAUCCCUUCGGGAACUGAUGUUGGGACUGAGAGGCGAACUCACCAUUACCCAGGAAAUGGAGAAAUUAGACCACGCCAUUUUCUACGAUCACGUGCCGGGUGCCUGGGCUCGACUGGCUUACCCAAGUAUGUUGGGUCUGCAGUCCUGGUUUGCGGACUUGCUGCACCGCAUCAAGGAGCUGGCCGGGUGGCUAAAUGACUUUAAGUUGCCCUGCGCCAUCUGGCUGGGCGGGCUCUUUAAUCCGCAGAGCUUCCUCACCGCCAUCAUGCAGGAGAGUGCCCGAAAGCACGAUUUGCCACUGGACAGGAUGCUAAUUAGCUGCGACGUCACCAAAAAGCAGAAGGAUGAUGUCACCCUGCCUCCCAUGGAGGGCGCCUUUGUGCACGAUCUGUACAUGGAUGGCGCCAGUUGGGACUGUCAACUUAACUCCAUUGUGCCGCUGCGUCCCAAGGAGAUGCUCUGCGCCAUGCCCGUCAUUUACAUUAAGUCCAUUGUCCAGGAGAAGCAGGAGCUGCAGCGCGUCUACGAGUGUCCUUUGUACAAGACCAGGUCGCGUGGCAAUACCUACGUGUGGACCUUUAACCUGAAGACCCGCGAACGCCCCUCGAGAUGGAUAUUGGGCGGCGUGGCCCUACUCCUGCAGCCAUAA